AUGGAAAGGUUCUUACCGGAGAACUACGAACAGAUUCUCUAUAAGAUGUAUAUUGAAUGUGUUCAAGGAAAGAGGACCGUGACAGAGUUUACGGCGGAGUUCUUGCGAUUCUCUGAGCGUAAUGACCUAGGAGAGACAGAAAAUCAGAAAGUGGCAAGAUACAUCAGUGGGUUAAAGAGUUCUAUACAAGAGAAGAUGGGUUUGCAAACUGUAUGGACAGUGCAAGAGGCUUCUAGUCUAGCUUUGAAAGCUGAGUUAAUGGAAAAAUCUCCUCGUAAUUUUACUCCGUUUAGAAGAUACUCAUCCCAAAAUAAUUCUGAAUUAACCAGAGAUAAGGAGAAGAGUGUAGUGUCAAAGGAUGCUAAUCUUGGUAACAAAGGAGCUGGUAGUUCUAACAAUGGUUCUAAUAAUGUUCAGCAGAGUAAAACACCAAUCCAGAGGCAAGGUGAUAAUUAUGCGAGACCAUCUAUCGACAAGUGUUACCGUUGUCAAGAACAAGGUCACAAAUCAAAUGUUUGUCCAAGCAGGAGAACUCUAGCUUACCUAGAGGAAGAAGAAGAACGUGAACAAGAGGAUAAUGAGUAUGAAGGAGCUGAGUUUGCUGAAGAAGAAUCGCAUGAAAGGGUGAAUUGUGUACUACAAAGAAUCUUGUUGUCAUCCAAAGAAGAGGGGCAACACAAGAAUUUGUUUCGAACACACUGCACUGUUCGAGACAAAGUGUGUAACCUGAUUGUGGAUAAUGGUUGUACCGAGAAUUUAGUUUCGCAGAAGCUAGUUGAUCAUUUUAAGCUACCUACAGAGCCACAUGAGAAGCCAUACGCUCUAGGUUGGGUUACCAAGGGUACCCAAGCUCAAGUAGCACUAACUUGCAAAGUUCCUAUCUCCAUUGGGAAGCACUAUAAAGAAGAGGUACUUUGUGAUGUUCUUGAUAUUGAUGUUUGUCAUAUUUUACUUGGUCGACCUUGGCAGUAUGAUAAUGAUGUUACAUAUCGAGGACGGGAUAACGUGUUGAUGUUUACAUGGGGUGUACACAAGAUUGCAAUGGCUCCUGUUUUACACUUUCAUAAGGAUUCAGUAAAGAAAAAGUCUAGUUUCUUGGUGAUGACGCAUAGUGAAAAGGAGCUAGAUGAAUCCUUUAAAGAGACUAACUGUUUCUGUCCGGUGGUGAUCAAAGGAUUAAUGAGUGCUGUGAAAGAAAAGGUGGCAAUUCCCGAAGAUGUGCUAGAGAUUUUAGAAAAGUUCAAGGAGUUGAUAGCAGAUGAAUUACCGAAUGAUUUACCUCCCAUGCGAGAUAUUCAACAUCAUAUCGAUCUGAUUCCGGGGUCUAGCUUACCAAAUCUUCCUCAUUACCGUAUGAGUCCUAAGGAGAAUGAGAUCUUGAGAGAGCAGAUUGAAGAUUUAUUGAAGAAAGGAUUCAGUCGUGAAAGUAUGAGCCCAUGUGCAGUUCCAGUCCUUCUUGUUCCUAAGAAAGGAAAUCAAUGGCGGAUGUGUGUUGAUAGUAGAGCUAUUAACAAGAUAACUAUCAAGUAUAGGUUUCCGAUUCCUGGAUUGGAAGAUAUGCUUGAUGAAUUAACAGGUUCUAAGGUGUUUUCGAAGAUAGAUCUUCGUAGUGGAUAUCAUCAUAUCAGAAUCAGACCUGGAGAUGAAUGGAAGACAGCUUUCAAAAGUACAGAUGGAUUGUAUGAAUGGCUAGUGAUGCCUUUUGGGUUAUCAAAUGCACCUAGUAAUUUUAUGAGGCUAAUGAAUCAGGUUCUUCGUCCCUUCACAGGUUCUUUUGUGGUAGUUUAUUUUGAUGAUAUUUUGAUAUACAGUAAAACCAAAGAGGAGCACUUAGAGCACGUGAAGCAAGUGUUGCAAGUUCUACAA